AGCACAUGGGGUGGGAAGAUUAUCCAGAAUCUUUCAGUCGCAAUGCUACAGAUGCUGUCGCUGUGGUCGCUUUCCGCCUUCUGGCCUCAGCGGCCGCAUCUUGUCGCUCUUGUCUGCAGUCGGAGCGGUCUCUCACCGCUUCUCUCCCCACACUCGCAAAGGGAAGCCGCAGUUGACACCUUCAUGCAGUGGUUUCAUGGCGAGUACGUCCAAUCGGUCGUCCUUUCUGAAAUUAUGAGGCCAGUAUACUCUUUAGAUGCAUAGAAUUCUCUGACACACCCAACCACUCGGGCCAGUGCUGCUAAAUUGGAGGGGUGACAUCCCUUCCCUUCGCAAGAACUCGGCCUUCCUCUCUGCUGCUUCGUGGGAAGCAUAUGAAGCAGACGGAGGGGAGGAUGAGAAGGUAUGGAUCGCAGAGCAGCCCAGAGAGAACCAGACCUAGGACUGAGCCGCCGCCGCCGCCAGUACCGCAGCAAGGGAGGAAGGUCCCGGUGGUGUACUACCUCUGCAAGAAUCGCCAUCUGGAGCACCCUCACUUCAUCGAGGUGCUGCUCUCCUCCCCUCGAGGGCUCUACCUCAAAGACGUGAUCGAGAGGCUCAAUGCGCUGAGAGGAAAGCGGAUGGCCGCCAUGUAUUCGUGGUCUUGUAAGAGGGGGUACAAGAACGGGUUCGUUUGGCACGACCUCGGGGAGGACGAUCUCGUCCUCCCCGCCCAUGGCAACGAGUACGUGCUCAAGGGCUCCGAGCUCCUGGAUCAGUCUCCUCCAGAUGCGGCAUUCCAUGGUUUAGUUCGGCGCCACAAUGAAAUGAGCAAUCCGAGGUUGCAGAUCCAGAAUCAACGAGAAUCCCCUGUGAAUUCCUGUAAAGACCACGAAGAAGCUGCUUCUUCUUCUUCCUCCGUGGCGGUUGUGGUUAAGGAGGCGAAAACCUCUCCCGGAUUGCGGUCGCCGGCUUCACCACAUCCCCCUGCUACUACCCGACCGGAUGAGCUAUCGCCCACCACCAAUCGGUCGAGCUCCUCCGGCGAUUUCUCCCCGGAGACUGGCUGUAGAACCACCCCAUCGUCGGCAAUGGGCUCCCCGAGCCCUGCCGAGCACCACGUCCGCAGGCCCGCCGUAGUGCAGGAUGCCUCCACUCAAACCGACGAGCAAGGAGGGAGAAAAGCGUGUGGAAUUGCCGGUGUCUCGUUGGGUAAGGAAUCCAGCGAGACACACAACGGAACGAGUCCAUGUCCGACGGAGAGGCCUGAGAAUGUUGAGGCGUCAUAUAAUGCUGCUGCUGCUUGUUCUUGCGGGAGGACGAGCACGCUGGAGUCGCUGAUACGAGAUGAACCAAGCCAGAGGAAGGACUUGCGGAUCGUCGAGGACGAAGUUUUCAUCCCGUCCAGGGCGAAGCUGAAGGCAGCCGACAUGCUCGUGCAGCUGAUCACAUGCGGUUCGAUCUCCGUGAAGGACCAUUACAACUUCGGAAUCGUUCCAACCUAUAACCCAAGGUUCACCACCACCAUGAAGUCUCCCUCGCCGACGUUUCCGGGUUCGAUGAUGCUGGGAGAAAUGGACUGCUUCUCGGAAAGCCAGAGAGUGGUCGGACUGAGGCCGGAAGAGCAGAUAAACCUCGCUGAAACCAUCACAGAGUCGAACCAGGAAGAAAUGGAAGCAGAGAGCUGCAAGAUGCCUGAUUCAAGGAAGGAUGAAGAAGAAGGAACGGAUUCGUUGCAGUUCAAAUGUCUCCCUCGGGCGAUUAGAAUCGCGUCCUGCAAGCAGUCCAAAAUCGAGACGGUGAGGUCCCCUGCUUCAGGUACGAGGAUGCUCUCAUGGGGGUUCGACAUCGCCAAGUCAUCACCACUCUGCUCGUCCAAAGAUGGAAGCAAAUGGAUCACCGAUACUUCGUCGACAAAAGGAUCCUUCACUGGUUUCGAAUCUUUCAGAGAAGAGAGGAAGGAGAAGGUGAUCGAGCUUAAUGAAAGCCUACUUCUGGAGCUCGGGUUGUAAUCCGAUCGAGCUCUCCGUGACUGGACCAGUGAGGAACGAGGAUAUCUCGUUACAGCAUCCUGUCUCUCAUUCCACUGUCAGCGGUGUGUGGAAGAAAGCUCAUAAAUUCUCCAAUGGAUUCUUAGUUCUAUUUCAUUCGAUCGAUGACCUAUUUUUGAGUAUCAAUGGAUCAUUUCAACCAUUAUCA